AUGGCCAAUCAAAUCUACCAAUACUCGCUUCUCAGCGCCCUCAUGCACGGCGUCUGCCACGAGGGUCCAGCAGUCCAGCAAGUUCUCAGCCAUGGCGACCAUGGUCUUGGGACCAUACGCGGCCUAGACGGCGAGAUCCUAAUCCUGGACGGCAGGGCUUACCAUUUCCCCCCAGACCCUCGACAGUCGCCCAAAAUCCUUUCACCAACCUCGAUCCUGCCCUACGUGAUGAUUACCACCUUCCAACCAACCCACCACAAACGCCUCUCCAGCGUGUCUAUGUCUUCUCUCCCAACCGCUCUCUGCCCACUCCUCCCGAACCAGAAAAACAGCUUCAUCUCCCUUCGUCUGGACGGGCUUUUUCAAACGAUCCGUGUCCGCGUGAUCCCAGCACAAAGCCGACCGCGAGAGUCGUUAAAGGCUCUCGCCGCGCGCCAGGUCAUAAGCGAGUAUCGGGACGUCCGCGGGGUGGUCUUCGGCUUCUGGUCCCCGCAGUAUGCGAGCGGAUUCAGCGUUGCUGGGUUCCACCUGCAUUUCAUGUCCGAGGACGGCACCAGCGGCGGCCACGUCGUUGGGUUUGAGGCGGGUGGCGAGGAGGUCAAGCUUGCGGCGGCAGUCAUCAGGGAUUACCAGGUGGAGGUGCCUGGUGGGAGUGAGUUCCAUGAGAUCGCGAUUGGGAAUGUGGCGGAGGAGGAGUUGCACGCUGCAUAG